AGUGCCUGAGUGGAUCUUGGAAGACAGGCGGGGCCGGUGUGGACCAGUAGGACCAACUACAGCCAGCCUCUUCGAGUCCCCCUAGCAGACUGACUGGCGGAAGUUUUUCUGACCAUAGUCCCCGACCUCCGCCAGAAAUGGGGAACGUGCAGUCGGAGCCAUCCGCGGGCGGGGGCUCCCAAAAACAGCAAGCCUCGGACCUCUCCUCCGACUCCCGCCGGACGUCCAUGGCGGAGCCCGAGGUGACCCCCUCCUCCCCUGCCAUGCGUUUGGCUCGCGGGCUGGGCGUCUGGUUCCCCGGCAACUCCACGCCCCCGGGACGCCUGGCACCCCCGGAGCCUCAGGCCUCACCCUCGCCCCUGCCCCUGACCUUAGAAUUGCCCUCGCCAGUGACGCCCCCUUCAGAGGAGGCGGCUGUGGCCACGGUCUCCACACCACCCCCGCCCCCCGUGGAAACCCUGUGGCCUGAGCCGUCUAAGUGGCAAAAACCCACGGGCACUCUGGUGCCCCGAAUCUGCGGUCUGCUGGAGGCAAGCCAUUGCGGCCAGGGCGACCUUCCGAGCCUCCGACCGCUGCCGCCACCUCCCCGGCAACUAACCGAAGAGGAUCCCGACUCUGUCCCGAAGGCCCUAUCCCUCACUCCGCCACCCUUGGAGCCGCGGAAGACGCCACCACCGCCACCUUCCUACCGGCAGCCCCUGGACUGCAAAAUCAGUCCUUCACUGGCCACAUCCGCUGCAACCCCCACAGAGAGCCAGGUCGGGCGCCGCAGCGAGGGCCAGACGGCCGGCAAGGUCCGCGGAGGGGCGCCGCUCCAAUCGGGAGAGGGCGAAAUGGCCCGCCUUGCCGCCUCAGAGCCCAGCCUGAGUCUACUGUGUAAAGUCAACUUCAAGUCGGGUCCCCCUUUGCCCCCUGCCGCAGCGUCGAGUUCCUUAGCCUCCAAAGUCUCGCCCCGGGGCGGCGGAGGAGGGGAAUUCUUCUCCACCUCGGGCGCCAUCUCUUACGCUGAGGCCCUGAAGCAGGGGCCUCUGGCUCCUGGGGCCGCUUGCCCCCUAGGAGAGGUCCCUCGGGAGACCCAGGAAGCAGAGGGCGGUAAUGGAGACGGCGAGGGGUGUUCUAGACCCCCAUCGGCGCCUGCGUCCCAUGCCCCGGCCCUUCCGCCGUCACCCUACACCACCUUCCCAGGACCGAAGCCCAAAUUUGACUGGGUUAGUCCUCCUGAUGGUCCUGAACGCCACUUUCGCUUCAACGGAGCUGGCAGAGGCAUCGGGGCGCCCCGAAGGCGCGCGGCUGCAUUCUCAGGGCCCUGGGGUUCCCCGCCGCCUCCAUCAGUGCAGAUGCACCCAACUCCCGGGCCCCGGACGCCCGCACCCGCCCUGCUGGCGCCGCCUAUGUUCAUCUUCCCAGCGCCCACCAAUGGCGAGCCUGUGAGCCCCGGGACUCCCGGCCCACAGGAGUUGCCGCCGCCACCACCGCCGACGCCACCACCCACGCCGCCUCCAGCACCGCCGCCCACACCGCCGCAGCCACCAGUGCUCCAGCUAACACCGCUACCCGCGGCACUCCAGCCCACCCCAGGCCCAGGCCUCUUGGAGUCCGCGCUGGCUCCCGCCUCGCCUCUCGCCCUAGCUGCGGACCAGGCCCCGGCCCCGGCCCCGGCCCCGGCCCCAGCCCCGGCCCCGGCUCCAGCUCCCACUGUGGCCGCGCCAUCUCUGCCUGCGCCCGCGCCCAUCAAGGCCCGCACGCGUAGAAACAAGGGUCCCCGCGCAGCCCGGGGCACGACCCGUGAGGAUGGUGCGCCUGGAGAUGGUCCGCGCGAAGGGACUACAGCUACCGUGACUGACAGAGUCGGUGGAGGAAGUGGUGGUGACGGGGCUCCUCCAGCUGGGACGACUAACACAGGUGCUGCGAGCCACUGGCCGCCUUUCCAGGUGCUUAAUUCUUGUCCCUGCAAGUGUUACUGCCGUCACCAGCCACACCAUCGCCGCCUGCCACGCAACGUGUCUGCCUGGCUGAGCACGCCCACCAACCACCUGAGUGAGCCACCCUGGGUCGCCACCAUCAAGCUGGCUGGCUCCCUGGUAGCCGGGCUAGAACACUACGACUUGCAGGCUACCCAUUCCAAAUGAGUGCAGUCUGCUCAGUGGCCUCGGCCUUCCUCUCCUUGACAAUAAAGUAA